GUUCUUCACCCGCAAGAUGCCGAAGAAAAAGGGAAAGGGAAGUAAGCUGGCUCGUAUGAGCGACGAGGAACGCGCUCGUUACUUGCAGCAUCGAGCCGAAUUGGAAUUAGAGGCGAAACGACGCAAGCAGCAGCUAAUCGCAGUUUUUACGAAGAACAAGUUGAAACGCGAGGAAGCGUUCUCACGACUGAACACUGCGAAAAUCAACGAACAAUGGAGAUUUAUUCUGCGACGAAUCAAGUGCAAGGAGCUUUACGAGGACGUGGAGUAUCUAUGGAGGAACUUCGAUCGCACGGUGAAAACGAAGGACUCGGUGAUACAACGUUUGUACAACGAGCUAGGCGCAGCGGAUUUGGAUCACAGGAGGCUACAAGAGGCUCACAUUCAAAUAAUGGAUGUUAUAUUCGGUAGCUCAUACAAAACAGCCGAAGAUUCUAAUGCUAAUUUACUAAUCAAUAUGAUACGCAUAGGAAAGUACAAGAAAAUGUGUACUCGUUUGUACGAAUCCUUCGUACGCGAGCGCGAUCAUAUCGCUUCGAACGAGAUGAAGGAAUUGAAUGGCGUACGAAAGGAUCUGGAGCAACGUUGCAGACAACUGCAGAGGAUAAUCUUCGAGCAAAACAAACAGAUAGAAGACUCACUGAUGCAAACGAAGAUCCAGAACGCCGUCAACACAUAUAGCAUCGUGUAUCUGGUACGGCUAUAUGCCUCACCAUUGCCUCUGACGAACUAAUGAGCCUUCGAUCGGAAAUAUUUUCAGAAGGAAGACUCUAUGUCGCGUUUAACGCAAUACACUUCCAAUGAGAUGGAGAAGCUAGGGCGGCAGCUUAACGAGACAAUGGCCGAGUACGAGAGAAGCACGAGAGACAAGAGGAAGCAGUACGAGUACUUGAAGGAACAAGAUGACGCUCAUCAGGCUGACGUGGCGCAAUAUCCGAGAUUGCACGCGCAAAUGCAGGGCACGAUUAAGAACCUGAAGCAGGAGAUGCAGGCGUUGUCGCAGAAACGCGAGCAGACUAUAACGGAACUUAAGGAUCACAUCGUGCGUAUGGGAAAGAGACUUCAGAGCUUGAGGCAGGAAUUCUCCGUGGCUCGAAUGUUGGACGCUACACAGUUGAAGAAAUUGACUAUUAUCAGCGCUACUGUCCUGAAAGAGUUGCGGAGAAUUUCGGAGAAGGGUACGGCGCUGCUUUCGUUGUUGAAAAUGUGCUCGAACUUGGAGCCGUUCUCGUUGACCAUUCAGAAAUACACUCUGCGCGACACGGGAUCCAGGAAAGCAUUCACCAGCUGCAUGUCCGAGCCGUUUGAUAAGUUGGAGAAGUUUUGGGAGCAGUACAAUUACAUCAAGGCUGACAACAUCUUCAUGAAGAAGGAGUGCGACAAGUUGUCGUUCGAGAACAAACAGCUGAGGAAUACGCUGCGCACAUAUCUCAUAACAGUUUCCAGAACUCCGGCUGCACGGCCACUUACUUCUGUUGUCAUAUGAAUAUUUAUUUACAUUUCUA